AUGAUCAAUUCACUUUGUGGAAGCUCAAAUUCCCUCAAAGAAAAAUGUCUUCAACCCAAUUCUUCAAAUCAAACAAAUACACACUCAAAGAAAAAUGCCACAAAUUCUUGUGGUGAUUUAGAGCAAAUUAAUGUUCUUACUCCACAAAGCCUAAACUUACCAUCUCUCAAAUUUGAUUUAGAUGGUGAUGUGGAAGUCCAAUCACCAGAUAGUUCAAUGUGGGAAGCAUUUUUCAAUGACCAUUUAGAUAAUGAUUUCAUGAUAUCAUCACCAAUUAGAAACAUUAACCCUAAUUCACCUCAAGCUUCUACUUACAAUAAUUGUAACUAUAACUAUGCUCAAGGCAUGCAAAUUCAAAGCCUAUCAGGUUGUUCACCACCUCGUUUUGCAUCACAAAUUGGUUCAUUGAAUAGUAAUAACCAACAAAAAGGGAAAGGACUUAGUCCACUUCAUAGAGUAUUUAAUUCACCAAAUAAUCAAUAUAUGCAACAUGUUGAGAAUCUUUCAUUGCCAGCUAUUGAAGAGUUCUUGGAAGAUUUUCAAGGUGAUGUUGAUCAUUUUUCAUCAACAAAGGUUUCUUCUGAAUGUUUUGACAUGGAAACUCCAAUAUCAACAAUUUUGGAUAGUUUAACAAUGCAAAAUUCUUCAAGCUAUGGUGCUUCUGUUAAUGAAGAAUCCACUCUUUUACAUGGUGGUAAUUCUUCUUCUCAAAUUUCUCAAGAGAGUGAUAUUUAUCAUCAAAUGGGAUCUAUGGCUAGUGCUUCUCUUUCACAAGCUUUACAACAAGAAAGGUACCAAGAGAAACAUCAAAAGAUGCAAGCUCAACAACAGAGUCUAACAGUUCCUAUUCAAAUUGGAAUUGAGCAGGAGCAAGACAGUGGACUUCAAUUAGUGCACUUGCUUCUAGCAUGUGCUGAAGCAGUGGCAAAAGGUGAAUACAUGCUAGCAAGAAGGUACCUACACCAGCUCAAUAGAGUAGUAACACCACUAGGUGACUCCAUGCAACGAGUAGCUUCAUGUUUCACAGAAUCUCUAAGUGCAAGACUUGCUGCAACCCUAACCACCAAGUCAUCAUCAACAAAAAAGUUAGCACCAUCAUCGUUAUCAUCGUCAUCCUCAUCAUCAUGUUUAUCUACCUUCCCAUCAAACCCUAUGGAAGUCCUCAAGAUAUACCAAAUUGUCUACCAAGCUUGCCCUUACAUCAAAUUCGCACACUUUACCGCUAACCAAGCCAUUUUCGAGGCGUUUGAGGCUGAAGAGCGUGUCCAUGUCAUCGACCUUGAUAUCCUUCAAGGCUACCAAUGGCCUGCAUUCAUGCAGGCAUUGGCUGCACGGCCCGGAGGUGCUCCGUUCCUCCGGAUCACUGGAGUAGGGCCGUGCAUCGAAUCAGUUAGGGAAACCGGACGAUGCUUAACGGAAUUAGCUCAUUCUCUUCGUAUCCCCUUUGAAUUCCACCCUGUUGGAGAACAACUUGAAGAUCUUAAACCACACAUGUUUAACCGCCGUGUAGGCGAGGCUUUGGCGGUUAACACCGUUAACCGUCUCCACCGUGUUCCCGGGAAUCAUCUCGGGAACUUGUUGUCCAUGAUAAGAGACCAAGCACCAAACAUAGUAACACUUGUAGAGCAAGAAGCAAGCCAUAACGGACCGUACUUUUUGGGCCGAUUUCUCGAGGCUUUGCAUUACUACUCCGCAAUUUUCGACUCCUUGGACGCCACUUUUCCUGUGGAAUCAGCACCAAGGGCUAAGGUAGAGCAGUAUAUAUUUGCACCGGAGAUUCGGAACAUCGUGGCAUGUGAAGGUGAGGAAAGAAUAGAGAGACAUGAGAGGUUGGAGAAAUGGAGGAAGAUAAUGGAAGGGAAAGGGUUCAAAGGAGUGCCUCUAAGUCCUAAUGCAGUGACUCAGUCAAGAAUAUUAUUGGGUUUGUAUUCAUGUGAUGGUUAUAGGUUAACUGAGGAUAAAGGUUGUUUGUUGCUUGGGUGGCAAGACAGAGCCAUUAUCGCUGCUUCUGCAUGGCGAUGCUGA